GGAUCCGAGGGGUGGGUUCUGGGGUGGGUUUCCCCGGGAUCCCGGCGGGGGUGGAUCCCGCGGGGGUGGAUCCCACGAGUGGAUCCCGCGCCGUUCCCAGCAGGAUCCACAAGAACAUGCUGCUGGACCUGACCAGGGAGCUGAUGAAGGAGCUCGGCAUCACCGCCGUGGGCGACGUCAUCGCCAUCCUGCGCCACGCCAAGGUGGUGCACAGGCAGGAAAUGUGCCGGGCGGCCUCGGAGUCGCUGCAGCCGGAGGCCGAGCGGGGCCCGGGGGGAUCCUGGCGGGAUCGGGAGGAUCGGGAUCAGGAUCGGGAUCAGGAGCGGGAUCAGGAGCGGGAUCAGCGGGAUCGGGCGUGCGCGGCCGCGGGCAGGAUGAUCAGCCACAGCCUGCGGCGGGAGCCCCGACAGCCCCGCGGGACCCCCGGCACCGGGAUCUGCGUCACCGUCCCCAACGGCGCCGACGGCCCCGGGGCGCAGGCGGGGCCGGGCCGGCGGCGCCGCGUCACGGCCGAGAUGGAAGGGAAGUACCGGAUCUCCCUGCCCAAGGGAUCCACCGCCCGCAGCCGCAGGAUCCUGCAGCUCCAGGCGGCCUCAGGGAUCCGGGGUGGAUCCAGAGGGAUCCGGGGUGGAUCCAGAGGGAUCCGGGAGGAUUCCGGGGGGGGAUUUGGGGGAUCCAGAGGGAUUUGGGGGGAUCCAGACUGA